CUAGAUUCCUCUCUGGACUCCAACACCCACUGUGCAGUGUGGAGAAAGACAAUCCACAUGAAAAUACCCACACCCUCCUCCCCACCAUGAUGGGGCAGGGCUUCACAUAAUGGUGAGGGCAGCAGAACAUACCAGAGGGGAAAGUCAGGGGGAGGGUAAACUCAUCAAGACGCCAGAGAGCCUGGAGGAGGUGGGGGGAUGAAAAAAUCACGUCCUCUGGCUGUUUUCUCUGAAACAGUUUCUACGGAGGCAGGAAACACCCAGAGCGUGGCUGGGUCUGGGCCCUGUGUGGGCAAGGAGCUGAGAGCAGAUGAAGUUCCAUUCCUGGUCUAUCAUGAAGGAGAACUGGUCUUGUCCCUCUCUGCAGAGGAGACCCCAGAAAGCAAAACCCAGAACAAAUCACUGACUUCUGACCAGCUGCAGCUCACAAGACAGAUUCCAGCCUUGAUGGUCACCACCACAGCACCAGCGCCCCUUGACCUUUCUGUGGUGCAAAGCAUCCUGGGAGCUGGCUCCACUCCAGUGCUGCCCACCACUGGCCCGGAGGAGCCUGCUGUGGCCCUGUGGUCGGAUGAGGAGGCUGUGGACUGGGAGUUAGAGCAGCUUUACCUCUCCCAUCUCAGCCAGUUGCAGGCUGAGGCACUGGGGGGACCCCUGGGUCCCCUGGACCAGAUGGGGCCGGAACAGGCUCUGAACAGCGCCCUGGUGGAGGAGAUGGCACGGCAUGCAGCUGACAACGAUGAGGAUGCCCGCCACAGCCCCCCAGCCCUGCUGGAGGGUGCCUGCCGGCCAAUGGGGCCUGCCCUGGCUGUGCCUGCCCGAACGCCAGGUUCCCUGGCCGCUGGGGGGAGGGGCCUGGGGCUGGGGGCUGCCCUGGCUCACCUCUGGCCUUGGGGGUCGUGGUUGGAGGGGGUGUGGCCUGCAGUGGCCCCGCCCCAGCCACCGCCCUGGCCCUCUGCCUGCUUUUGGCCUGGUGGCCCUAAGCCCCACCCCUGUGGGUAUAAGACCUGCCUCUGUGGUCUUAAGGCCCCCAAGUGGACCUAGCCACUACCCCCUGUGGAUCUAAGCCCAUGCCCCCAAUCCUGCUGCACCCCUAUUUAUUUUUGUAUAGGGGCAGGGGCAGGGCUUUCAUGAGCCCUGGUGUGGCCUAAUGCUCCUCCCCUCAAAAGAGGAAGAGAGAUUAUUUAUUUAUUCAUGAAGCAGAGAACCCAGUUGUCUGGACUCCCAGCCUUGCCUUUGCUCUCACCCACCAAACUUCAAUCUCCUUAUCCAGACCUGGAGGAAACCCAGGGGUUCGGACUCCCAGCACCUCACCUCUUUGCCUGUCCCCCUCUGAGGCUCCACCUCCAGUGCUGUGCUUUGCCCUCUUCCUCGCAUCACGGGACUCUACGAGCUGCUGAUUACAAGGAGGCCUUAAAUGAGGGGCAGGGCAUCUGUGCGCAGUGUGGCACUAAUAAACAUCAUCCCAGUUGCA